CUCAUCAAAUGCCAGCCAUUACACAUGAACAUAUAUAUACGUACGUACAGAAAUAUGUAUAAAACAACAAACAGAAACAGAUAAUCCAUCACGGACUCGCAUAAGCAAUUUUUUUUUUACUGAUUUGUGUGGGAAUUUACCUUCUCUGCAGUGGCAAAAACAAAAUCAGAAUUUAAAGCUGUUUUUCAUCUUCUUCUUCUUCAUCAAAAAUUUAACUAUCACGGGUCACUAACUACAAAACAGCCUCUGCUGUGCUUUUCACAAUUAUAUAACUUUCUAAACAUGCCCAUAUUCAGACAUACCCUUUUCCUUCAUUUUUAACAGGAACAACAAGGGUAUACAUAUAUAUAUAUAUAUGUAUAUUAGUAUUCACUAUUCAGUAUCGCCCCCUCAAAUGGCUCCUUUCAACCUCUCUGUUUUCCUCUCUUUCUUGGUUCUCUUCCAGUUUUGGAUCCGUGUUGUGGGGCAAUCAUCUCCUGUUUUUGCCUGCGAUGUGGAUAGCAAUCCCGAGCUGGGGAGUUAUGGGUUCUGCAACAGGACUUUGGAGGUUGAAUCCAGGGUGGUUGACUUGGUCAAGAGGCUGACAUUGCAAGAGAAAAUUGGAUUUUUGGUGAACUCAGCAGGGAGUGUGAGUAGACUUGGGAUUCCAAAGUAUGAGUGGUGGUCUGAGGCCUUACAUGGAGUCUCUUAUGUUGGACCAGGAACCCAUUUCUCCAAUGUCGUACCAGGAGCUACCAGUUUUCCUCAGGUCAUUCUUACUGCUGCUUCCUUUAAUGCCUCACUCUUCCAAGCCAUUGGCAAGGUAGUGUCAACUGAAGCUAGAGCAAUGUACAACGUCAGAUUAGCAGGAUUGACAUUUUGGUCUCCUAACAUUAACAUAUUUAGGGACCCAAGAUGGGGAAGAGGUCAGGAAACUCCAGGAGAAGACCCUUUACUCUCCAGCAAAUAUGCAUCUGGUUAUGUUAGAGGUUUACAACAGAGUGAUGAUGGUAACCCAAAUCGCCUCAAGGUUGCUGCUUGCUGUAAACAUUAUACAGCAUAUGAUUUGGAUAAUUGGAAAGGAGUAGAUCGUUAUCAUUUCAAUGCUGUGGUAACAAAGCAAGAUAUGGAUGAUACGUUUCAACCACCAUUCAAGAGCUGUGUAAUUGAUGGAAAUGUAGCUAGUGUGAUGUGUUCAUACAAUAAAGUUAAUGGCAAGCCAACUUGUGCUGAUCCAGACUUACUCGAAGGUGUUAUUCGAGGUCAAUGGAAGUUAAACGGCUAUAUUGUUUCCGAUUGUGAUUCAGUAGACGUAUUGUUCAAUUCACAGCACUACACGAAAACACCGGAGGAAGCUGCUGCUGUCUCAAUUUUGGCAGGAUUAGAUCUCAACUGUGGAUCUUUCCUGGGCCAGCAUACUGGAGCGGCAGUAAAAGCAGGACUUUUAAAUGAGUCAGCCAUUGACAAGGCCAUCUCUAACAAUUUUGCUACUCUGAUGAGACUUGGCUUCUUUGAUGGGAAUCCAAGCAACCAAAUAUAUGGAAAACUUGGACCUAAGGAUGUAUGUACACCAGAGAACCAAGAACUGGCUCGUGAAGCUGCCAGACAAGGGAUUGUUCUGCUAAAAAACACAGCAGGCUCACUGCCUCUGUCUCCCUCUACCAUUAAAACUUUGGCGGUGAUUGGACCCAAUUCCAAUGUCACAAAAACCAUGAUUGGAAACUAUGAAGGGACACCAUGCAGAUACACAACACCUUUGCAGGGCUUAGCAGCUUCAGUUGCCACAACUUACCUGCCAGGCUGCUCUAAUGUGGCAUGUAGCAGUGCACAGGUGGAUGAAGCUAAGAAAAUAGCUGCCUCAGCAGAUGCUACUGUGCUUGUGAUGGGAGCUGAUCAAUCCAUAGAAGCAGAGAGUCGCGACAGAGUCGACCUUCUCCUUCCAGGACAGCAACCCCUUUUGAUAACAGAAGUUGCAAAAAUAGCCAAGGGACCUGUCAUACUGGUUAUAAUGUCUGGAGGGGGUAUGGACAUAACAUUUUCUAAGAAUGAUGAUAAAGUUACAAGCAUUCUUUGGGUUGGUUACCCUGGGGAAGCUGGUGGAGCUGCCAUAGCUGAUGUGAUCUUUGGAUACCACAAUCCAAGUGGAAGACUGCCAAUGACAUGGUACCCAGAAGCAUACGUUGACAAGGUACCAAUGACAAACAUGAAUAUGAGAGCAGACCAGUCUAAGGGAUACCCAGGCAGGACUUACAGGUUUUACACAGGAGAAACCGUGUAUGCAUUUGGAGAUGGACUGAGUUACUCCCAAUUCAAACACAAGCUAGUUAAAGCACCUAAGCUGGUGUCCAUCACUUUAGAGGAAGACCAUGUUUGUUACUCAUCAGAGUGCAAGUCAGUCGAUGCUCUCCAUCAAAGUUGCGAGAAUUUAGGCUUUGAUGUGCAUUUAAGAGUGAAAAACACGGGUAAAAUCAGCGGUAGCCACACUGUAUUCUUGUUCUCUUCGUCACCAUCAGUUCAUAAUGCACCCAGAAAACACUUGGUUGGUUUUGAGAAGGUGUCGUUGGCGGGGGAAGGAGAGACAUUGGUGAGGUUCAAGGUGGAUGUUUGCAAGGAUUUGAGUGUGGUGGGUGAGGAUGGAACCAGAAAAGUUGGUCUAGGACAACACCUUCUCCAUAUUGGAACCCUAAAACACUCCCUAACUGUCGGGAUUUGAAUUGAGUUUCUUUAAUUUUUCAAAGGCAUCUCAAGUGAAAAUUCAAGCAACCAAUAAGCCGAGGAAGUUGAAACAAUUUUCUCCAUUGUUUUGCUUUUUCACAUUGCUGAAAUGUAAAAUUUUUCACAUUGAUAACGCAUUCUCUUUCAACUUUAUUCAUGCGGAGAUGCCUUUAUUCCAUCCCUUUAUUUCA